GAGGAGCAAAACUUAAACUGUUUAUGUACAUUUAUUCAUCUAGUAUAUCGUUGUAGGCGUAGUAUCAUACCGUGUGCUGUGAAUUGGAACAUAGAACACCUUUGGAGUCAGGAUCAUUCAAGGCAGCAAAAAAUAUUCAUAUUGGCCUUGAGAAGGUCCAUCCUUAUGAUGGCUGAAGAGUGAAAACUGCUGGUGGCAAGUUAUCGGAGAUGUCAGUUCGUCUGGAGGAAGGCCCAAGCAAUUCUUCUGCUAGAUACGACAUGAUUUGCCGAGACUUCCUGCGCAAUACCUGCCGCAGAGGCAAGCGCUGCAAGUUCCAGCACUCGAUGGCCACUGAAGAGGCGAACAACAACAGCAGCUCACAGAUCCUCUUCUGCCACGACUUCCAAAACAAAGGCUGCCCCAGAAGCAACUGCCGCUUCGUCCAUUGCAGCAGGGACGAGGAGGAGACCUACCGAGAGACGGGCCGGCUGCCCUUAACCGCAACCAUCUCCGCACACGUCCAGGGUCUCAUGCCACCUGAUAUGCUCCAAGGAGAGCCUCCUGUUUGCACUGAAUAUCUGAGGGGCUGCUGCCGACGGUACCGGGAGUGCAAGUACCGCCACCUGACCCCAGCCCAGGUCAUGCAGCUGUCGACAGAGCCGUUAGUGAAGCGCAAGAGGUACUCUGACGAGGUGGAGGCUCGCAUCGCCCUCCUGCAGGACGAGAACUUGGACCUCAAACGCAUGCUUGAUGAGCUGCGUCGACAGGUGGACACGCUGGCCGCAACCAAUGAGGUGCUUCUUGAACAAAAUGCUCGACUGAGGAUGAAACCGUCCGCAGCUGCUGUCGUAUCACUACCGGCUGUCACCAUCACCAACUCUUCUGACGGGCCUCCGGUCACCAUUGCGACAGCUGUCGCCCCAGGAUCAGUGACUCAAGUUUCCCUGGCCACGGCAGGCAUUUCCAUCGCUCCUCCUGUUGUGACAGUGGCCCAAACAUUGGCUGGCAACGCCACGACGCCCGUGUCCCAAGCUCUGCCCAUCACCAUCAGCGGCACUACCUCGUCUCUCGUUCCAUAUCCAAUAGUUACUCACGUCCACAGGCCUGCACCAUAGUCAGAUAGUUCAAAUCCAUUCCACACUGGACUUUCACCUUUCACUUCGGUUAGUCUUAAGAUACUGAUACAUAUAUAUAGGAAUAUAAGAGGUGUGUCACUUUCUUUGUUUUACAUUUUUUUUUGCAAGAUUUUGUGAUAAAGCAGCACAUCUGGUGUCUUCAAAUUACACAAUUAUUAAACAAUA